AUGGCCCAAAACGACUCAAAGCACCUCCUCCCCAUGACCUCCAUCCUCUUCGCCGACACCAAUUCCUCUUCACGGCCAAACACAUCCCACCACCUCGCGAACCCCACCCUCGCCAACCUCAAAGACGCGCAAGACACCAGCAUCACCGCGCUGCCCCAGCCUGUCACCGAAGCCGAGAUCGUCGAGUCAGACGGUUUCUGGAAGAGAUUAUGGGCUAAGAUCAAGAUUGCGCUUGGUUUCGGUGAAAGGGAAGUGGAGGAAUAG